UUUUUUACUUUUUAGCUCUAAGUUUUUUUAGAUAUUAUUAUUACUUGACACCACAACUAUUUUUGAAUUGGUAGUCAGCGUUUGGAUAUGCUAUUUUUCAUGAAGAUUAUCUUUGCAGAGUUUGUGACCUCGCGCCAAGUGCUAAUGCGCAUGCUCAUUGGAGGUCAUGCAGUUGUCACGCGUGUGUGCUGACAGAGCAAACAAGUAUUUUUGAGUUUGCUAAUGACUCAGCGUGAUAGCCAGCCUAGCCAGGACCUGAGGAGCGCCCUUUCCAGGGUAAUGGAGCUGCUGGAUUCAGGGCCAGUUGGAAGUGCAUUAGUCUCUUCCCCCGGCGCCGACAGCGAAGACACGGGUCCACCUCCACCUCGGCCUCUACUUCCUGCUCCAACAGGACCGAUACGGCCCGCUAGACCUAGAGACCCACGUGAGUUUCAUAUUAGAUGUAUUUUAAGUCAGUUGCAAUUAGGUUCAUAGUCUGUUUCUUGUGAGUAUACUACUAGUACUGAGUAGGCUUGGGUGGGCAGGCAAUGUAAUUAAUUGUUAUAGAAUACUAUUAUUAUGAUGUUUUAUUAUUACCGGUAUUAUAAACUCAGUUGGGUGCUAAUUUAUGUAAACAAUAAUUAAUAGUGGUAUGCAUGCGGGUGGGAAAUGGGAAAUUAAGAAUCAAGUUAAUGUGGCCUAAUGUGCCUUUUAUGUGUGCGUGUUUGCUAUCAAUUUAAAAAAAUGAUCAACCCCUAACCUUUUUUGACAUGUAACACUAUUUGCUUAUUUGUGUCUUUUGUUAAUGGUAUUGAAAGGUGUCAAUAUUUUAGACAUGUGUUUUUAUUCUGUAUUAUAGUACUAGCUGCUGCUUCACAUGCUCUUCAAAAUUUAAGGAGAGCAAGAUGUAGUGGAGGAGGAUCAUUGGGGCAUAGGAGAGAGAAAAGGUCUCUACAGCCAUCUAGUUGUACUAGUGUCAAGAAACGACCUGUUUGGAAGCACAAUUUUGUGUGCUUGUCAAACAUGGACCAGAGUAUUAGUUACAAUAAUAUUGAUGAAAAGCACCGUUUGAUGAAGGCUGGUCUUGGAGAAAAAGUGAUUGAAUUCACUGAUUUAGAAAUCACAAGAGACGAAUUUAAAGAAAUAUUGUAUAGUGCUUUUCCUCCGCUCAGGAAUGGUGGUGGUUUCAUUUUUUAAAAAUGUUUGCCAAACUCCCGUAAGCUUGAAAUUCUCCCUUCAACAGUUCUGUCUUCACCUUCCAAUUUAAAGACACUUGCUGGGUCUGCCAAAACGUUCAUUCGACCAUUACAGUGCGAUUUACCUCUUGAUAAUAUUGAUUCCCUUGAUGAUGAGCUGACAGAAGAUUGUCUAAAAUGUGGUAAAUCAUUUUCUAUAAGUUUGAUAAAGGAUCACCUAGUAACAUGCACUGAGGUAUCUAAUGGUAAACCACAAAGUAGUAGUGAUGGUGUGGUCGAAGGAACGAUUAAUAACACCAUUAAUAUGGACUUUAAUGAUGAUGAUGCAGGACCUUCACAUUACUAUGCCCAUGAAGAAGUUUUUGAUGAAUUCAGAUCAGAUUCAGAUCAAUCAGAUAAUGAUAGUAUCCCUCCACUUCCUCCUCCUACAGUUAAGCAUCGUCCAAAGACCUUGAAGGGGAUCAUUGCAACUUUAUAUUUAGCUUUGGAUGGAGUUGUUAGAAUUGAUGUCCGGAGAGACUAUGUACUGGAAGAUGCCUUGGUUGAGUGCAAAAAAGAGGAUUUUUCUCCUAAGAAAUUGCUUAAGGUAAAGUUUGCACUUGAACAUGCAAUUGAUUUGGGCGGACCAAAACGAGAAUUCUUUCACUUGGUUUCUACAGAAGCUACUAAGUAUCUGAUUGGGGAUUUUGGUAAAUUUUUUACCACCAAUGCUUUAGCUGUUCAGAAUAGAGUUCUUUUUGCACUGGGCCAAUACUGUGGCAUGUCAGUGACUCAGGGAGGUAAUGGGUUUCCGUAUUUUCAUCACUUGGUAUAUGAAUAUUUUGUUACUGGAGCUGUAUCGUGUACUAUUGAUAUUGACAGAGAUUGUAUCCCUUAUGGAAUUUUGAAGUACAUUUUGGAUAAACUAGAUACGGCAGACUCAAAAGACGACAUUCAAGCAGUGUUUCAAGUUGAUGAGGCCACUGAAUUUUUAUAUGCCACUGGCUAUACUAAGCCUGUGUUGAAUCUGGGCUUAGAUAACAAGGAUAACAUCCAAUCCAUUUUGGUAGCCUACCAUUGUUUUCUAAAAGUCAAAUCUGAAAUGGAUCAAUUUAUUGAGGGGUUAUGUGUCACUGGAGUACUUGAUUUUGUUCGGGAGUCACCCUCUGUGUUAAAGCACAUGUUUGUUCUCAUUAAAAAGAAACUGACAGCUGAGGAAUUAAAAUCAUUAUUUAAAUUUGAAUGUGGCUUAGAAGUUGACUCUCUUGAACCCAUUGAAAAGCAAUCCUGGAGGUUUUUUUGCAAUUUUUUGGAUAUGUGUGAAGACGAUUGUGGUCAGUGUAUUGAUUGUACAAUCUCAGAUGUUUUGGUUUUUUUUUACUGGUACAGACAAUGUGCCACCUCAAGGAUUUGACACACAACCCAAGAUUGAUUUUCUAUAUACUUCUGACACUGUACCCAUAGCCAGUACUUGUGAUCUCACACUCAGGCUACCUACCAGUCAUAACAAUUUGGAGAGCUUUGUCGAUUCUUUUCAUAUGGCCGUUAAAGGUAGUCCUCUUUUUGGAAGGCUAUAAAGCUCAGGACUCAAUUAAACAUUAUUAAAACUCAUGUAUCACUCCCCCUAUUGUAUUAUCACUUUCCCUAUUGUAUUAUCACUUUCCCUAUUGUUUGCAAGAGUUAAUCACUUUUGAUACUUGGUAAUAAUACAAGAUGUUACAAAUCACA